UCAGUGAUGUGUGCAGGUUCUGCCUCUGAUUAUGCUGAGCAUGCAGAAUCCCUCUCUCACAUUUUUUCUGAUUGUCACCUUGUCACUGUGACUUCACACCUCAGGGUUGUGCAUGAGAAAAUGCCAAGAUGUUCUGCUGGCAAAUCCACAGCACCUCGCCCCUUGUAAUUUGGGGGGACCAGAUUGCUCUGCCAAACACCUGGAGCAGGAGCUGCCAACGUGAGCUCAUGCCACAGACCCUCCUGCCUGGCAAGGACUGUCACUUCUCUCAGUGGUAUGGCUGUCAUCAAACUCACUGGAUUCACAAGUGAUGGCUGCAUGCAGCUUGUAUUUCUUCACCUUGGCUGGCAUUAGAAGGAGGCGCAGUUGUGUUCGAUCUCCUGGGUUACAGAAUUUGUCAUCUAUCCUGUGUUGCUCUCCCUUUAUCAGAAGCAUCUCUAGAGAGAACCCUGCUUAUCCCUCUGAAAUGUCAGAUGCACUGACCUGGUGUCUUAUAAGAUAUUCUUGAAGUUUCCAUAAUUGUUUUCCAUAUUCUGGACACUUCCUGAGCUGGACUCUCCACACAAGUGUUUCCAGCUUGGUUUGUUCCUGACAGACCUUGGUGUGCUCUGAACCAACACCUUUCUCAGCCCCAAGAAGAGCCAGGACAGGCAGCAGCCAUGCGCAUCCUCUACCUGCUCUUCCCCUUGCUCCUCCUGCUGGUGCACAGUGCUGCAGCAGGAAAACAUGACAAGUGCAUCCGACGAGGAGGGUUCUGUGCUCUGGGGGGCUGUCGUUUCCCCUAUAAAUACGUGGGAGUUUGCUCAGUACUGAGUCACUGCUGCAAACCGUAA